UCUGUGGAAUUAUCUGGUGAUUUGUGUGUCAUGAAACAUUUUUUGACAUAAUAUUAUGCAAAUAUUGCUGUGUUGGGUUUUAUUUAUUUUGUUUUUGUUUUGUGUUUUAGAUAAAGUAUUUUCAUAUAAUUCUUUCACUUUACAAUUUUAUUUUUUAUCUGCUGAUCGAAUUUCCCACAUGCAUUUUUUUCUUCUUCAUGAAACAAACUAUAGACCUCACAUGUGUUCCCGCAGUAGGUGAAAGCUUAUGAACAGGCUUAAUGCUUUUAAGGAACAUUACAUUACAUCUAGUAAUUAUAGAAAGCCUUUAUAUCUCAGGCAGGUAUAUUUUGUAAACAUGAAUCAGACCUCCCUUCGCAGUGGAACAUCUGUUAAGACAUACACCGUACAGUAGGUUCUGAGAAUCACAUGGCAUAAGCUGAGCUUUUUCUGACAUUGGUCAGUGCCCCAGUGGACUCUGGUGGAUGGUGGUAUUACAGGGGAGGAAAUGUCCCUGCAUUUAAGGAAUGAAGUGCCGAGAAAUGACAGAAUGUGGGACUAUUGUUGCCAGCUAUCUUUUACAUGAAGGUUUUACAGAGUUCUGAUGAUUUCAGAGUUUAAAGUUACUUACUGAUAUAUCUUCAUAAUUUCUGUGCAUUAUGGCUUUAGAGGUCUGUGGACAAGCAGUGCAACGAACAUGACCAAAUGGACAAAGGAUAAGUCUGAUUUAUCUCCUGUUGAUGUGUGAAAUGAUUUAAUGACAGAGCAGCAUCUGCCAUUAAUCACUAUACAAUUCCAUGGAGAGGAGGAAAGAUAAAAAGGCUCCAAACUGUAAAGCAUUGCCUCCCAGAAAAAAAUGUCCGCCACAAUUUGACUUUGACUUCUUUUCCUCCACUGACUCUAGCACUGACUGGGAGGAUGUACUGGAGAAAAAAAUUGAAGAUCUGAGUCGACAGCUGACCUAUGAGAAACAACAGCACAGAAAGGAGAAGCAACAGGUUGCUAAGUUGCAGCGAGAGCUAACCCGGGCCAAAAGUGAUAGCCAGAAAAUUUUCUCAAAGGAAGCUCCCUUAUUGAAGGAGGUGGAGCAGGAGAGAAUGUUAAGGCAUGAAGCGGAAAAAAGGCUGAAGGACAUGACCACAGAGAGUGAAAGCUGUCAGACUCGACUCCAGUCUCUACAGGGCGAGUUCAAAAAAUAUGUGCAGCCUAAGGAACAGACUGACCCCUUUCAUGUAAACGUUACAAGUUUAUCAGCAAGAAUGGAGGAAAUGGUCAAAAGCAUGAUGCAGUACAAAACCAAGAUAGAGCAGCUGAAGCAGGAGAAGUCGAGUCUCUCCAUCACAUAUGAGAGCAACCUCCAGAAAUAUAGAAGUUACAUCAGUAACCUAGAAAGGGAAAACAUGAUGCUUCUGAAUGAUGUCAAGAGAUUCGAGACCCAGAUGGACGGUAAAACAGAUGAGCGAUCCAAACUUCUGUUGGAGAGGCUAAAAAUGUUGGAGGCUGAAAAUUCCUCCUUGGUUCUGGAGAAUGAACAGCAGAGACAGCAGUAUGAGAAAUGUCUGGAUGAAAUCGCUAACCAAGUGGUCCAGGCCUUAUUGGCUCAGAAGACCUUGAGAGAGGAAUGUGUAAAACUACAGAAAAAGGUGAAUGAAUUAGAACAUCAGAACAUGGAGCUCAACCAUAUGUUUCAACAGAAGAGUCAGUAUUCAUCACAGGCCCUCAUCAAGUCGACCAGUCAAAGCAUGUCAUCCUCCACUCUUUGUGAUCAACAGAGCUGUUCCAACAGUGUUACAAGUCUUCCUGCUCAAAUUUCAUCUGCCAUCUCGCUCACUCAAACUAUGCACCUGUCACCAAUGUCACAAUAUAUUUUGCAAAAUACAGUGGCACAGAAAUGUCUUCAGCACUUCAUUCCUGAUAGCACAGAGUCUCUUCAAAGCAUCACAUCAGAUUUUCCAGCUGAAGAGCAGCGACCAAGAUCUGUAUCUACCUCAAGCUGUGUGCCAUCUUCCCAUAGUGAGGGUGUUGGGCCUCACACAAAAAUAGAAACUGAGUUCCCUGCCACACCCUCAAGCCCUAAGGUCAAGCACAUCAGUAUUGCUGAGCGGGUCAGAACAAAGAGAAGUUCGUCUGUGUCAUCUCUACAAGGUCCAGUUAAACCAGUUAGAACCAAUUCUACGAGUGCUCUGCCAAAAACAAGAAUUUCUCAACCAGUGCAAUCCAGGAGUAUUACAGAUGUUAAUAAUUCUCAAGUGAUGUCUAUUUCAGUCAAUCAGCUGGAUGUGAAUUCCAAGAAGAGUGUGUCUCAACCUGAUAGUAUUAACAAAGUGAACAAACAAACACUGUCUACCAGAUCUGUCAAAGUACAAUCAAGUUUAUCCUCAGGAAAAUCAGCCCAGAACAAAACAAGUAUUCCAAUCAAACACACUUCGAAAUCUCAACCAUCUCUACCUCAAACAACAAAGGCGAUAUUGAGACCAUUCACUAAGCAAGAGAGAAGUAUGAAAGAGUCGAGUUUCAUUCGAAAAACUUCAUCCACAGAAGUAGUGACACACUCAAAGACUUCUAACUUAUCCAAUGCAAUAAAAUCAAAUUCAUCAUCAGCACAUCAAGUUUGUUCUGGACAGUUAGACAAGUCAGAGAUUUCCAAGACCAGUACAGACAAAAGGAUGGAUGCCAUUAAGGAGAAUCUAGGGAACCCUCCCAGUGUUCCCCUGCUCCCUAAGGCUCAGUAUUUCUAUGAAUACAGUGAUGAAGACAGUGACUUCAACCGUCCAGUGUCAGCCGAUUUCAGUACUACAUCCACUGUGUCACUGAAUGAACUUCUGGAGGAAGAGGACACAGAUACACUGCUGGAUGAAGAAUUUACUGCUGAAACUUUUGCAUUCUUUGACUCUCCAACUUUUGUGACUAAAACAUCACAUGAGGAUUCAAAGAGUGUUUCAAAAGAGAUACAGAUUAGGAAAGAAAAGUCUUCCAGUUUAGGAAGCAAGCCUGAUAUUGUGAAAGAUACUCUGAACUGUGUUCCAGCCAAAAGUCCACUCAUGAGCCGCAGGAGAUCUAUGCAACACCCAAACAAACGCAAAUAUCAAACUCAGAGACCUAAUUCACUUGUCCUCACACCCAAAGAAAAACAAUUCAUGUAUCACGGAUACAGUUCAUCUAGUCUUAGUAGUACGGACAGUGAUGAAACUUGGUCUCCAAAAAUGGAGCGUAAAAACAGACCACAUCACAAACCAAAACGAAAAAGUAGUUCGUCAUCAAAUCGAUCCUCAUAUCAUUCCUCAUCUGUCUCAGAUAAACAAUCAUUGAAAUCAUCUCAAGAACUUACUCCUGUUGCCACAGAUGUGCCAAAACUGCCAAAAGCCAACUCUGUUUCUACAGAAAUGUUACAGAAAUCAGAAGUGAUCAGUGCAUAUCAUCCAUCAGAGAGCAAUGAAAGUUUGAAUACCAACUCUCUUACUAGAAAAGGGCCUCCACCCCCAGUUCCCAAGAAACCAAGUACUGGGAAAAAAUCACCAGGAAUAAGAAUGGGUCUACAGUCUCCAGGAUUCAGACAGAAUAAACCAACACUGGUCCCGACAUUAUCAAAGGAAAAGAUAAAUAUUCCGAAACCACAUGAAUUUAAAACAGACUUUUCUAACUCUACCGAAUCACUACAACAACAUCACAUUAUAAAUACUCCAGAGAUCUGCAAACUCAAUCCUAAGUAUGUGGCCUCGUCCGACUCCAGCUUUGAGAGCAACAAGAGUGACCGAGUGGAGAGAUCGGGGAGUAAGGAUGACGGAUACUCCACAAUGUCUAGUGAUAUCCAACCAGAACUCCAGGAGAAGUACAAUGAUGGUGCACAGGUGAAUGUAGACUCUAUAGAUAGAAAUAAGAUGGUUGUUAAGGAUACCAGUCCUGUGACACCAGCAGAGAGCAAUAAAUCCCACAAGUCCAGCACGGGGAGUGAGGGAGACUCAAUGAUUGGUCAUGCCAGUGGAAGUGAAGCAGUGACCUCCUCUUCUAGUGUUUCAUCUCCUCACUUCUCUGAUACCCCUUCCCCCCAGUCUCCAGCUUAUGGCUCACUUGGACGAGUUAAAGCCAUGAAGUUACUUUUUGAGGCAGAGUCUCAGAAAUCUAAUGAUUGUAAAAGUUUUCGCUUUCCCCUUAGGAAAUCCCCAUCAGUGGAUAGCACACUCAGUUCUAAGUGUUCUCAUCCAGAAGUUAACCUGAAGAGACAUUCUCUUGGGGAUGACAGUGCUUUAUUUAACAAUACUCAAUCUGAACAAGAGAAAGAAAAACAGAAAGAUCAUAAGGUGGAAGUGAUGGCAGAGGUUCAUCCUACACCAACUGCCAAGACCUUCGUUUCGGAGACCAGUUUUGAACCUUAUGCUCCCCCUUCUAAGCUUGUGCUCAAGCCAGUCAUACCUGAAACCCCACCAAGUUUUCAACCUCUUCAUUUAAGUGAAGAAAAUUUCCUGUCUGAUAUUCCUGAAGAGAAAGACGAGUGUGAAAUGUCGACAGCUUCAAGUGUGAAUCGAUUAGACUGUAGCUCAAGAUAUCAUCAACCUCUUGUCAAACAUCUUGAACAUUUACACAUGUUUAAAGUAAGAAAACAUAAAACCAUGUGGUCCUCUCUUCAAGGUCUUUCAAGAGCUUUUUCAGAUUCAGAUUUACACAGAUGUGGUGGCUCUUCUGAUGACAAUGAAUUAGAGCAAAUUCUGAACUGUGGUAAGGGAGGUAAUCUCUCCUUAGAACGUUCAACUUCUCUAAAUGAUCUGCGGAAGAAAAAGAAUGUGAAAUGCUCAGUUAAAGCCACUUUACCUUUGAUCAGACAUGGACACAAGAUGGUGAUAGAUGAGGUUAAGGUCAUUGGACAAGUGCAAGAAAUAAUCAAGGCCCAUAUUUAUCAUCAGCUUUCUAUGGAAAGUGAAUCAGAAGAUGACCUUCACAGUCUCAGCUACACUCAAAUCUUGGCCAACAAACAGAAGAAGGAACAGAGAUAUCAACAAAUUUUGAGUCAGAUGUCCCCAUACACAGACCUUUCUCAGAUACCUAACCUGGGUACUGACAAGCAGCAGAAACUAUCUGCUGCCCAGUACAGUGAAAACAUGGUUAUUGAACAGAGGUUUGUCAGACAGGGAACACCGUCCAGUGAUAGCUCCUGUCCAGAAGUGGAUUCCAAAUUUCGCAGUGACUAUUACAGCUUGUGUAUGGUGGGCUCAAAGGGAAGCCUGUUCAAUGGAAGUAAUGAUGGUGAUCAGGAACAUUGUAAAACAGAACAAGCUCCACAACACACCUGUAAAGAAACCAAUGACAAGAAGAACUGCCAGGGCUGCAUCAGUGCUAAGAACACUCAGGAAUUUGACGAGAUAUCACGUCAACUUGCUAGUCUUUCAAAAACCGUUAAUGCCUUACAUAGAAGUCUGACGAGUUUAAAUAGUCAUGAUUCAGACACAGAAUCAAACGAGGAUCAAGUCCAGCUUUUCCCCACAACAGCAGAGAAUUUCCGAGAUAAUGAUGGCUACCAAUGGGUGGAAGACGAGUUCUACCUUACUCCAUGUGGAGGAGAAAUUAUCAUGGGUGGAUCUCCUUUCUCAGAGACUGGAGCAUGUGCAGACUGGGUAAACGACUACAUGGAUGACACAUCAUGUAAUGAUGAGUUUGAAUACUAUGGGAAUAUACCACCCUCCAAUCCAAAUGGAAAGUAUGAUUUCAAAUCUCUGUGUGAAUCCAUCAUGGAGGACGACAUCAACCCCGUCACCAGCACAGGGAAUGGGGAGGAAAGAAUUUCAGAGGAGAGGAUCACAGAGGAGAAGAUUCCUAUCAAGAUGAUGGAAAAACCAACCCGGGGUGUGGAAAGCAAGAAGUCAAAGGUUGGAUCAUCUAGUCUCGAUGCCAUGGUUCAUUUGAGUGGGGAGAGCAUGGAGAGCUUGGAUGAUAAUAUUGGAGUGGAUCAUGUCAUGUGUUCAAGGCUUAUUGGACGUGGAGAAAAAGGCCACGGAGCUGUGAGGUGUACCCAAGUAUCCAGACCAGCUGUUGAUCUUUCUCAGUAUUUUUCACAUUUCGGAGAAAGAGAGCAGGAGGCUGUGGCAGCCUUUGAUUUCUUACAUGACAUGUCACCCUCUCCCGAUGGCCUACAGAACAAAAUACAAGUAAAGGUCAACAAGGAAGAAGAGGUCAAAGAAAUGGAUAAGGUGGGUGACAGCAGUACAGAUGUCAAAAAUAAAGAUGGACAUAAUGGAGCCACAAAAACAAAGACAACAAUUGAGGAACCUACUGAAAAACAAAAACCUGUUAAAGAGAAUGGUAUAGCAAAACUAAUACCUACAGGAUCUCCCAAAAAUAUCAACCAAAAGGCAGAAGAUGGAUUGGCCAAGAAAGUUCCUCCUCCUGCCAAGGCACCGCAAAACAAAUCAAAAGCUCAGCCAAAGGCAAAUCCAAAUCCAGGAAGGUUCCAUCUUUUCAGGAAAAGGGGAACUGAGGAUGUUGAGAAGAAACAGACUCUGGGAUUGGACAGUGCAAACUCAAAUUUGACCAAUGAAAAAAGUGCAAACAAACACAAGGAGGACAAGAAGAUACUGUCCAAACUGCCACGAAAGUUAAUCCCAACAAAGAAUAAAUCCACUAAGCCCAAAGUGGAAUCGAAAAUUCCAAAGGCCACUACAAAAUGAGUACUUGAUAUUUUCUUUAAUAUCUGCAAAUAUCAUUAUUUAUUUCACAUGUCAUUUUUUGAAGAAUUUUUGGGCCAUUUGCAGUAUUUUGCCCAUUUUAUAUGCAAGCAAUUUUAAAUGCUGUCUUUUAUAACCAUGUUUAUACUUUUUUAUAGUAAUAGAAGGCUGUGUGUGUUUUUUGUGAAUAUUUUUAAAAGAAUGAAUUAAUUUAUUUCGUGGUGUAAGAUAGGGUAAAGAGAUCCGUAACUCUUGUUCACUGUCUCACACAUGCAAUCUGAAGUACUACAUGUGUAUGAAGUAUAAAUUUUAGAAAUCAUUUUAUUUAUUGACAUAUUUAUAUUGGUGCUAUUUAUAUGAUGAUACAUGUAAAUGGUUGAGGAUAUCUUGAAAAUUAAAAUUUUCUUGUGGUUUGUGAAAGUAUGAGAAGGGGAUGGGGUAUGGGGGCAAAGAAAAUAUUAUCUUUAAAGAUUGAUAUGGGAAAAAAAUCAUCAUUUUUGUAUGUAUUUUGCAUGUCCAGUAUAAUAUGUAUCAUAGAUUAAAGGAGUAAUAUUGGUAAACAGCAUAGGGCUCAGGUGAUACAAGAAGGCCAGAAUUUCUCAGUAUUGUCUCAUGUCAUGAUAUCUCAAAGAGGAAUAAAAUAAUAAAAUCACAAA